AUAAAAACAAAGGACACGAGAAAAAUUGAUAUCCUUGCAUCGCGCACUUCAAUGACCACUUGGACAGCAUUUAGUUUCUCAGUGAUCAACCUCAAGCCCUUUGCCAUAUGACCCGGGAACCAAUUAAUGAUCUUGUCAUAUGCAAAUGCAUUCCGAACUUUUAGAGGAUUCAUUAUGUGUUGAAAAUGGAAUGAUGGCCAAUGAAUAUGAUUUCCAAAAAGGGAGGGUGUCCAUUAGACACUCCACCAAAAAGGAUAAAACAAACACGAGAGCACGGGACAAUCAUUUUCUUUUAAUAAAAUCUCCAUAUCACCCUACACCAUGUGCUCCAUUCCUGUUAUCGACUUUAGUCUGUUUACCUCUGAUUCCAAAGAGUAUGCGCGACAGAUCUGCGAGGCUAGCAGAGAUAUUGGGUUCUUCUUUGUUAAGAACCAUGGCAUCUCACAAGACUUGAUCGAUCGCAUGUUUAAAUGCAGCGAGGAUUUCUUUCAGAGGCCACUACAAUGUAAGAACCGAUAUCUCAUCAACUCAGAAACUAACCGAGAUAAUAACGGAUACACUCCCUGGAAGUCUGAAAGCCUGGACCUCCCGAAUCAGACCCAAGGCGAUUUGAAAGAAGCUUACAAUGUUGCCAGUAAUUCGAUCGAUGCUGAUUUAACAAAGUGCUUUUUUCAGGACAAUGCGGUGGAUUAUGAGAAGUUCGUAACUUUCUUCAAGGACCUCAAUCGGCUCGCUAAUAAUAUUAUGCAGUGCUUUGCUAUCGCAUUGAAAAUACCUGAAAGCGAGGGGGCCAGCAUUUCUUUGACAAAAGUCAUGGAUCGGGCAUUAGUUCUGUUGGAGGUUUUCGAUCCUUAUACUAUCCUCUACAUGAAAGUGACCCGAAAUCGCUUCUGGCUGGAAGUCAUACUGAUUAUUCCUCUCUUACCCUCUUGAUGCAAAAAGACAUCCCCGGCCUUGAAGUUCAACUUUCCAGGACUGAUAAAGAUGCGUCUUGGAUAUCAGUCCCUGUCAUCCCUGGUACCAUUCUGAUCAACAUAGGGGAUCAUGUCCAGAUGUGGACCAAUGGUUUUUUAAGGUCCACCAAUCAGAGUCACAUAUAAUCCUCAACAGCGUAAUCGCUCACGUUACUCGAUUGGCUAUUUUGCUUCUGCCAGCGAGGACACCAAAUUGGAUCCUGUCCCUUCACCUCUCAUCCCACAAG